UCACACAUCUGAACACUCACACACACACACACACGUUCACAGCCUCGCUUUCUUCACACACACCUUAACAUAUUUACUCAGGAGUUCUUGCAGUAUCGAGGAGUCUUGAUUGAAGAAAAACUAAAUGGACAGAAUGGACGCUUCACGGCUGUUCUCUCUACUGCUGCUCUACGGAUAUCUGCCAAAAGUGUUAUCGGUGCAGAUGUGUGACGUGAUGAACGAGAUCGAGCUGGAGAAAGACCGCUGUGAGAAUAGCACCUUGGGGAACGUCACUUCAGAUUGCCAUGGCAUGUGGGAUAUCAUCGCCUGUUGGCCGCCAGCCAGAGUCGGAGAGGUGGUUACAAUAGCCUGCCCCACUUACUUCAGUUACUUCAGUGACCAGCACAGAGGUAACCUUUCCAAAAACUGCACACCGGAAGGGUGGACUGAGAUGCAUCCUUAUGACAUCGCCAUGAACUGUGGAUACAAUCUCAACAGCACAAGUGAUGAUGGCAAGUUUUUCUGGCAAGUGAAGAUUGGCUACACCAUCGGCCACAGUGUUUCCCUCAUAUCUCUCACCACAGCUAUUGUGAUCCUCUGCAUCUUCAGGAAGCUCCACUGCACAAGGAACUACAUCCACAUGCAUCUGUUUGUGUCAUUUAUCCUGAAGGCCAUCGCUGUGUUCAUCAAGGAUGUUGUCCUCUAUGAGGUCGGGGAAGUGGACAACUGCUCCUCAGGCUCUGUUGGCUGCAAAGUCGUGAUUGUGUUCUUCCAGUAUUGUAUAAUGGCCAGCUUCUUCUGGCUGCUGGUGGAAGGCCUUUAUCUUCACGCAUUGUUGGCUGUCUCUUUCUUCUCCGAGAGGAAGUACUUCUGGGCUUACAUCCUGAUCGGCUGGGGAGGUCCGAUGGUUUUCAUCACAGCUUGGAGCAUUGCUAAAGCCUACUAUAAUGAUGUGGGAUGCUGGGAUAUAAUCGAGAACACUGAUGUGUUCUGGUGGAUCAUUAAAACCCCUAUUUUGGCUUCAAUCCUGAUGAACUUUAUUCUUUUCAUCUGCAUCAUACGAAUACUUCGCCAGAAAAUCAAUUGCCCAGAUAUUGGAAGAAAUGAGUCCAACCAGUACUCGAGACUUGCAAAAUCUACGCUGCUUUUGAUUCCACUGUUUGGGAUCAAUUUCAUCGUGUUUGCAUUCAUCCCAGAGCAAGUGAAGACUGAACUACGGCUAGUUUUUGACUUGAUUCUGGGGUCAUUUCAGGGCUUUGUGGUCGCCGUCCUUUACUGUUUCCUCAAUGGAGAGGUCCAAGGAGAGAUCAAGAGGAAGUGGCGGAGGUGGCACCUGCAGAGAUACAUGGGCUCGGACACCAAAUACCAACAUCCAUCUAUUGGCAGCAGCAACAACUUCAGCACUCAGAUCACCAUGUUGACACGAUGCAGCCCAAAAACAAGCCGGGGUUCAUCCUCCUGUCACGACGACCUGUCUAGCAUAUGACUCACAUGAACAGUGAUACAGACAUACAUGCUGUACAAAACUCCCAUGUUAAACAGUGUAUGUAAGCUCUAUGGAUGAAAGACACACUCUCCCUCAUUAACACAUGCGCUCUUGGAGGAUGUGUUGCUUGAGUGUGACAUGGACAAAGGGAAGUGAUGAAACAACAUAGUGUUACCGUAAUCAGCUACUAAGCGGCUUUUAAUCACCACGCUUCUUUAAAAAAAAAGAAAAGUAGGUUUAAGUCACAAAGAUACAAGCGCAUCACUUCACAAGCACAGCUUUUGCACAUUUGAAUAAGAGACGUUCACUUUCUGUCUUUGUAUUUCAUGAUUCAGUGCACAGGUGAAUUUGUGAGUCAUACCAUUAUGGAUCAUUUGGUCAAUCGUUAUUAAGUUCUCUGUGUGCUCAGAUGCCGGGCAAUGCGAAAUGUCACAUAUUAAUGGGGUUAGGUGAGGGAUCCAAAUGUGAACUGCACCAGCAGACCCACAAUCUGAUGUAAUUAUGCGCUGAUUAAAAAUCACUUAGUGGAUUCCUGCAGCUCCAAAUGAACAAGGCUGGUGCAAAGACACAGAUGUUUGAAGAAAAUGAGCUGGUAUUUUUUUUUUUUUCUAACAAGAAAUCCCAUUAUUUACAUUGUUACAGCGUGUGCAGCAUCAUUAAAGGCAAGAAAAGUACCAGAAAUACAUUAAGGGAGGUGUGUUUGAGAGCUGAAUGUUAGCAGUGAUGGAAAAUGUGUUUUAAAGCAUAUUUUAGGCAACAGAAAAGAAUGUAAAAGAACAAAACAGUGUGCAACAUCUUGUUUUCCUCGCUGUGUAGGAGGACAGAAAAAGAAAAACUGGCUGAUAACCAGGAGCAAACUUUAUUUCCAUAAAUGCCAAACGGAUUCAGACCGGGUGACCAGUGUGAUGCUGAUUCACAAUGACGGGUUUGGAGUACAAAUGCCCUUCUCUGCACUAUCACUCUCAUGAGAGACUGAUUGCUCUUUGCCUUCCCUUUUAUCAGUACGUCCUUCCCGUCUUGUUUUUUUUAUUCUGAGCCUGCGAUAUGGUUGAUGUUUUUUUUACUAUUUGAGGCACUCUGUAGUAAAAGCAAAAAGUUUUUGCUCCGAUCACUGACGAGUGCCUGGUUUCAGUGUUUUGAGGUGACACUUUCAAUCAAAUCUUCGCUGGCUGUUGGUCUGCACAGCGACUCUGGAGAGGAAAUGCCUUCAGUCCUUGAAUGUUUACAUUUACUUAGAAGGAGUCAUUUAACAUUUUACAGCCAAGUAUACAGUGUAAAGAACAGUAAUUGUUUUGGAUUGUUGUGCCAUACUGAUUGUAUCGUGGCUACAAUAUCAGUAAUGUAUCACUGUAAUUGUUGUUUGUUCGUGUUAUUGCAACAUGUGGGAUUUUAAGCCUCGCCAGGAACAUAAAAUACUGUUGUACAAGCUUGUUUAUGUAGCAGUCUGUGGCUCAGUGUUAAACAUAACAGCUAAAUAAGAGGCACUUACAUUUGAAUUUAAAACAGAUGUGUACAGAGAAGCUUUCGUUGCGAUGCUUUGGUGGACUGAUUGUAACUUGAACACCUAAAUCCUCCAUCUUGAAAAAACGUUUCCUGAAUUUUGCAUCGACUUGUCAAGUCUAAACUUCUCCACUGGAGGAGUUUCAACCUGACAAGUCAGUAGAGACUGUUUGAGCCAGUAUGUAAAGCAAAGCAAAAUGACAAGGAUGACUGGCCCUGUCACAACGAUGCUAUCAUUGUGCUUUUCAGCUCACAAGGUUAGACUUAAAAGUCACUUUCAUGUUCAUGCAAGAGAGAGCAUCCAGAAGGUCUAGCCUUACCUGGAGAAAAUACCAUAAUCUCAACCCACCGCUGAUUUAAAGGGUCAGAUCAAACAUAGAGCCCCAUGUCAAAUGAUAGAACAAUACUGCUAAUGUUGAUCUAGAAAUAAUCAAAUAUGGGAUGUUUUGUUGGUGACAUAAGCUUAAAGUAAUGGUUGCCUUCUACGUUUUGGGAAUCACACUUAUUUGCUAUUGUUAGAAGAGACUGAAGACUGAGAAGAUAAACACCACUCUCAUAUCUGUCUGUUCUAGCAGCUGGUUAGCUUAGCAUAAAGACUGGAAGCAGGGGGAAACAGCUAGCCCAGCUAUCAGCACAUGAAAAGCUCACUAAUGAACACGUUAUAUAUCUCUUUCUUGUGAAGUCUUGUCAUCCCCAUGAGCAGUGUUGGGCUAGGUACUCAAAAAUUAUAAUAUAUUACUCAUUCCUCAUUACUCUUUUAAAAAGUAAUAUCAUUACUUUACUUAUUACGAUAUCACGAUUACAAAAAUGAA